AUGGAUGGACCAUCAAUAAUUGAUCAUCUGGAAACAGACUGCUUUUGCUGGCUGAACGUUCAGUGUUCUAGUGUGAAGCAGAAGCAGGGUGUUUUCUACGUUAUUUUUCUACCGACACACACCGGGGAAAUGACGGCGGCGCCUGCGCCGGGGGCCGACCGUGUGCGCGUGGCGGUGCGAGUGCGGCCCUUCAGCCAGAGAGAGAAGGAUGCCGGGAGCAAAUGCGUGGUCUCCAUGCAUUCCGGGACCACGACCACCAUACACGACCCCAGGAACCCGGGGCACACAAAGACGUUCACCUUUGACCUGGCGUACUGGUCUCACAGUGGAUUCCACGUGGGAAGCGACGGUGUGUUUACUUCCGCCGAUCCUAGUAGUGAAUUUGCAGGCCAGAGAGAAGUUUUCCGCGACCUGGGCCGGGGCGUCCUGGACAGCGCCUGGCAGGGCUACAACACCACCCUCCUGGCCUACGGCCAGACGGGCUCCGGGAAGAGCUACUCCAUGAUCGGGUUUGGCGCCAACAAGGGCCUCAUUCCCAGUGUGUGUGAAGAGCUCUUUCAAGCAAUCGAGAACCGGGAGAGAAAUCAAGAAUACCAGGUGACGUUCAGUAUGCUGGAAAUUUACAACGAACAGGUGAGGGAUUUGCUGUCUGGAGCCAAGCAGCCCGGAGGGCUGAGGGUGAGGGAAGAUUCGGAGCUGGGCUUCUACGUGGAUGGUCUGAAGUCAGUGCCGUGUGAGAGCUACGCGCAGAUCGAAAGGCUGAUGCAACAAGGAACGAAAAUGAGGACCACGGCUUCCACCCACCUCAACGCCAGCAGCAGCAGGUCCCACAUGGUCAUCACCCUUCAGUUCAAGCAGGUCUUCCCGGACAGGGGCCUCAGCAAACAGUCCAGCAUUCACCUGGUGGACUUGGCGGGAAGUGAAAGACAGAAAUCCUCGGGAUCCGAGGGAGACAGACUGAGGGAAGGGUCCCGCGUUAACCUGAGUCUAACCAACUUAGGAAACGUCAUCAGUGCCCUGGCGGACGCGGCCGUGGGGAGGAGAGUCCUGCACGUUCCCUACAGAGACUCGGUGCUCACCAAGCUGCUCCAGUCGGCGCUGGGUGGGAACAGCCGGACCACCCUGAUAGCAGCCAUAAGUCCAGCUGACAUCUGCUAUGAGGAAACUUUAUCGACAUUAAGAUAUGCUGAAAGGGCUAAAAAGGUCCGGAACAAAGCUGUGGUCAACACCGCGGCCCUGACGCCGGAGUCGAGGGCGGGGAACAGCAAACUGCUGCCCGGAGGUGGCAACUCCAGCAUGGCAGCGCAGCCAGCGUCUCCGCCGGCGGAACCUGGGUCCCGGCCCGGCUCGCCGCAGCUGCCCUGGGCGCACCAGCUGGCGCAGGCGCGGGAGGAAUGGCGGCAGCACCACGUGGCCCUCGCCCAGGAGCGGCAGAUGCUGAAGACACUCCCGCACCUCCUCAACGUCAACGAGGACCCGCAGCUCACCGGGGUCCUCAAGUACUUCAUUCAGGCCGGUUCGUGUGACGCUGGUCGAGCGGCUUCAAAUGCCAUUACUCUUCAAGGUCUGGGAAUUUCGGAUAAACACGCUUCCUUCACAAAUCUGGACGGUAAAGUGACAGUCACUCCGCACAGCAAAUGCAAGGUCGUCGUUAACGGGGUGCCCAUCACGGCCAAGACGAAGCUGCAGCAUUUGGACCGCGUUAUUUUCGGGUCCAACAGCGCCUACCUCUACGUGGGGCCCCCCUCAGAGCGAGGCGGCGAGGACGUGAGCCGGUUCGAUUACGACUUCUUCCAGCUGGAGAGAGCAGCCGCGGAGGGAGUGAGUGUGCACCGGCUGGGCGCCGGGAGCGGGGGCGACGGGCAUGCGGACCCCAGCGUGCUGGCUGCGUUCCAGGACUACGUCGGACUGAUGCCGCUGGUCUCAGAAGUGAAUCAGAUGAGCGAGGAGCUGAAGAAGGGACUUAGAAUGGAGUUGAAAGUGAAGAACUUGGCAUCGUCGGACUCCAGGGGCUACGACCUACAGAAAGAGGUCAUGGUGAAGGUGACCAACCAGAGGACUCACCAGGUGUGGGUCUGGUCAAAAGCUAAGUUUAUCAACAGGAAGUUCCUAAUGGAGGAACUCUACCAGCGCUUCCUAGAUGGGGAAGACAGCCGCGUGGCACAGGAAGACGACCCCUUCUGGGACCCAGUGGAGGCUGUCCACCUGGGCUCAGCGCACGUCUGGCUCCAGCCGCUGGCCUACUGCAUGGAGCUGGAGGAGCAGGCGGCACUCCUGAACUGCGACGGGCUGGAGGAGGCCGUGCUGCACGUCCGCGUGAGGCCCUGCUCCCCGGCAGGACGAGCGUGUGGCGAGGAGGACGUGGUCAUUGACCCCGUGGAGCUGCUGGGCAGGAGGAUGGACUUCCAGAUCCACAUCGUGCGGUGCCUCGGCGCCCAGUGGCUGAAGGAGGACGCGGAGCGGGGCGUUCAGAUGGGGUACAGAAUUUAUGACCUCCCACACACUUUAUAUACCAAGCCUAUAUGGAAGACUGUGAACCCCCAGAUCGAAGAGUCUGUCCAGUUCACAGCCCUAAAUGCAUCUCAGGAGUUUCUGGAUUAUUUACAGACAAAUGCUCUCAUUGUCGACUUAUGGGGUCUUCAAGAGGGCUGUGCUGAGCUGAGCUGCUCCCGGCAGGACCUCAUGGUCACAGGUGAAGGCCACAUCAUGGUGGACACCAAGGACACUGCCGCUGUGAUGACUGCAGGCCAGACGCCGUCAGACCAGACACCGGAACUGUCUCUGAAGCUGCUCCAGCUGCAGCGGGAGGCGGAGCUGCUGAGGGCCGUCAACAGGGCCCUCCGAGAGGAGAACGCGUCCCUCCGAGGAUCCCUGGAGAGAGCGGGUCCCGGUCCACCAGCACGUGAGCCUUCCACCGCCCUGACGGUGGCCGGGGACGCAGCGCUGUGGCCGGAGGGGGACCGAGAGCGCGACUGGCAGGCCAGCUGUGACAGAGCCUUUGCUGCAGCUCUGAAGGCGUUCUACCAGCGCGUGAACGCGGCGACAGGCCAGCUCCUCCGACUGAGGCGACAGGAGCCUCCUGAGGACGAUCAGAUGCUCCGACCGUUUGUCCACCGACAGGCGCAGAUGUUGUGGGACUCUGGGGAUCUCCUUGAGUCCAGCCUGCGGACGCUGAAAAGGGAUGUAGCGCUCAUUGUGAAGAAGAGGAGAGAGCGUCCGCUGCAGAGUGAAUGA